AUGGAGUUUCAAGUGAACGGUACUGGGUUGGAGUCCCGGAGUGAACAUCAACUCAGGUGCAGAUACAAUCAUAAGACAGCUGGAUACUUUGCAGCAGUGGACUUGUCAGAAGUUAUACAAAAUUCACUUAUUGAUGAUGAUCAUUUGAAUGUAAUUAAUAAUAAAGAAAUGAAUCAAUCACUCAAUCAGCCUAAUUUGAAUGAUCGUUUAGUUCCCAUAAAUCUACUUGAUGAUUACGUAACAAGUAAUACCAUUUUACAUGGGCAACAAUCAACUUUAAAUGAGACAUUUUGUUGUGAAUAUAAAAAAUGUAACAGAAAUGAUAGAAUUUGGUGUAAUGUUCUAGUCGAUCAAAGGAAUCGGACAGAAUUCCCAAUUUUUCAAAUCUUAUUCCUGAGUGCACAGCAUUCAAAAGCCAUUGCAUCACUGGGCCAAUUAGUGGAAUUUGAUCAAACGAGAUACAUCUUCGAAAUGAAACAUUUCAUUUCCGAGUGUGUGCAACCGUUUUCGUAG